ACAAUACCAGCUUUUGUCUAUUGCUCAGAUAACUUUAGAUCGGCGAACCAGAAACAUGUAUCUUCCCAAAAGAACAGAACAUCAAAAAAUUGACAGGCUUUAUGAUCCCAACGAGGGUAACAGUGCAUCAGGUCAAAGCUUUGAUUUAAAUAAAAAAUUUAAGCCGCCAGUCGUGUAUAUUCUCAAUCAUGAGAAGUUCCGUAAAUCUCCUGAUAGGAACCGAAUUGGUAGCUCAAAAGAUGUCGAAGCGCUUUGCAAAACAUUUAAAAACCUGAAUUGUCGAGUUGAAGUAAUUUCUAACCCAGAGUUGUCGGAUGUUAAAAACAAACUUAAGGAGUGGUCUGAAAAACAAUUCACUCAGGAGGCUGGAUUUGUCCUCUGUAUCUUGAGCCAUGGCUCCCUUAAAGAGACAAUCCUUGCGUGCGACGACAAAAAAUACAACUUGGACGAUGACGUCCUUUUUCCACUCUUCAGAAAUCCAACCUUGUCUGGCAAGCCAAAAAUUUUAAUUGUUCAAGCCUGCAAGGGUAACUUCAGAGCUGACGCGAAAAAAAUGAACAACGAACCCUAUAUUAAGUGUUACAGCACCUCCGAGGGGUAUGUGAGCUAUCGCAGUGAAGCAAAGGGAUCGAUUUUCAUACAAACCUUUUGCGAGGUAAUGGAUCAAUAUGGUCAUAAAAAGGACUUUCAGAAGAUCUUUAAGUAUGUAAAGGCUGAGGUCCAGAGAAGGUCAAUUCAGAGUGGAGCAAAACAAAUACCUUCUGAUGAGUCGCACAAUUUUGAUGCCCCCUUUUACUUUGGAAAUUAUGUGCAAAACGCUUAAUGAAGGAUAAACCUAUUUCUUUAAAAUAAUUCCUAGUUUCUUUUUCUUCAGUAUAAAAUAAAACGACUAAUACGAUUCCA